AUGAGGCAAGAGAAGGCAGCAAAAGACGAUAAAACAAAAAUGAAAUUAGAGUACAUUUGCAUCCACAACAGUUAUGAAAUUUACAUUGUAAGUGGAAUUGGAGGAGUUGAUCACAGUAGGUUUAUAGAUUACAGGUGUGUUGAACUUCACUUCGUUGCACUUCGUUACGUUCAACUGUUUAUAGAUUACAGUAGGUUUACAGGUUACAGGUGUGUUGAACUUCACUUCGUUGCACUUCGUUACGUUCAACUGUUUAUAGAUUACAGUAGGUUUAUAGGUUACAGGUGUGUUGAACUUCACUUCGCUGCACUUCGUUACAUUCAACUGUUUAUAGAUCACAGUAGGUUUAUAGGUUACAGGUGUGUUGAACUUCACUUCGCUGCACUUCGUUACGUUCAACUGUUUAUAGAUUACAGUAGGUUUAUAGGUUACAGGUGUGUUGAACUUCACUUCGUUGCACUUCGUUACGUUCAACUGUUUAUAGAUUACAGUAGGUUUAUAGGUUACAAGUGUGUUGAACUUCACUUCGUUGCACUUCGUUACGUUCAACUGUUUAUAGAUUACAGUAGGUUCAUAGGUUACAGGUGUGUUGAACUUCACUUCGUUGCACUUCGUUACGUUCAACUGUUUAUAGAUCACAGUAGGUUUAUAGGUUACAGGUGUGUUGAACUUCACUUCGUUGCACUUCGUUACGUUCAACUGUUUAUAGAUUACAUUAUGUUUAUAGGUUACAGGUGUGUUGAACUUCACUUCGCUGCACUUCGUUACGUUCAACUGUUUAUAGAUUACAGUAGGUUUAUAGGUUACAGGUGUGUUGAACUUCACUUCGUUGCACUUCGUUACGUUCAACUGUUUAUAGAUUACAGUAGGUUUAUAGGUUACAGGUGUGUUGAACUUCACUUCGUUGCACUUCGUUACGUUCAACUGUUUAUAGAUCACAGUAGGUUUAUAGGUUACAGGUGUGUUGAACUUCACUUCGUUGCACUUCGUUACGUUCAACUGUUUAUAGAUUACAGUAGGUUUAUAGGUUACAGGUGUGUUGAACUUCACUUCGUUGCACUUCGUUACGUUCAACUGUUUAUAGAUUACAUUAGGUUUAUAGGUUACAGGUGUGUUGAACUUCACUUCGCUGCACUUCGUUACGUUCAACUGUUUAUAGAUUACAUUAGGUUUAUAGGUUACAGGUGUGUUGAACUUCACUUCGUUGCACUUCGUUACGUUCAACUGUUUAUAGAUCACAGGAGGUUUAUAGGUUACAGGUGUGUUGAACUUCACUUCGUUGCACUUCGUUACGUUCAACUGUUUAUAGAUCACAGGAGGUUUAUAGGUUACAGGUGUGUUGAACUUCACUUCGCUGCACUUCGUUACGUUCAACUGUUUAUGGAUUACAGUAGGUUUAUAGGUUACAGGUGUGUUGAACUUCACUUCGUUGCACUUCGUUACGUUCAACUGUUUAUAGAUUACAGUAGGUUCAUAGGUUACCGGUGUGUUGAACUCCACUUCGUUUCACUCCGUUACGUUCAACUGUUUAUAAAUUACCAGUUUUCAAUGGGAAAUUAGUAACGACUUUCAAAAUUUUUCAUUCGUUUUAUAAAAUUUAAUUUUUUUAAAGCAUUCAUUAGUAAAGUACAUUAAAAAUCACUCGUAAAGAUUUUGUGUUUAUCUGUACCAUUUCUACUUCAUAACGUGUGGAUUCUUACUAUAAAGAUGCAAAUCACAUAUGUAACGUAUUUAUAACGGAUUUUCAAAUUUAAAUUCAAUGAAUAUCAUUUAUAUGUUAUGCAAAAAUACGUCAAACCGUUAAUAAAAAGAAAAGUCAAUUUAAUUAAGUUGGUGAAGUGUUAUAAAUAAUGCAAUACAUUUAAAACAGCAUAAAUUUAUGCUCAAACUAUGUGUGCUAAAUGCACAUCGCAUAUUAAUAGUUAUUUUGCAUUAAUUCGUAACGGACUUGUGCUUAACGGUUUUUUUGAAAAUUCAAAUUUUCACUUACGAAUAUUCAUGAAAAAAUUACAUGUCAAUUUUUUUGUCUUACCAGAAUAUCUUUAGCUGCUCAAAUUU